AUGGACUUCACCUUCGUCUGCCCUACCGAGAUCAUCCAGUACAACAACGCCCUCGACCGCUUCAAGGAGAUCAACACCACUGUUCUCGGUGUCUCCACCGACUCCCACUUCACCCAUCUUGCCUGGGUUGAGAAGCCUCGCAAGCAGGGUGGUCUCGGUCCCGACCUGGAGCUCCCCCUCAUCGCCGACAAGUCCACCAAGAUCUCUCGCAACUACGGUGUCCUGAUUGAGGACGAGGGUAUCGCUCUUCGCGGUCUCUUCAUCAUCGACCCCAAGGGUGUCCUCCGCCAGAUCACCGUCAACGACCUUCCCGUCGGCCGUGACGUCGAGGAGACCAUCCGUCUCGUCAAGGCCUUCCAGUUCACCGACGAGUACGGCGAGGUGUGCCCUGCUGGCUGGCAGGAGGGCGGAAAGACCAUGAAGGCCGACCCCAAGGGCAGCCUCGAGUACUUUUCCGCCCAGGGAGAGAAUGGAGCUAAGGCAUAG